UGCAACCGAGGAGAAGGUUUCUUUAUAAAUUAAACAAGACGAGAGUAGAAAAAAAAACACAUCUUUGAGUGCGUGGGAAAAGUUUUCCGCAAGAAGUCCGUUCCGGGUUUUUGGUUCUUUGGGGAAUCUGAACCAUAAAGUGUACUUAAGUGCAACACAUUUCCAUUAUUUGUGUGUUGCCAUAGAGAAAUCGAGAAAUGGGGACAAUAAUGCAGUUGGAACGUAAAAGUUAACUGAACAGAGCCCCGCAAUCUCCCCAAAAAGAAACCAAAAGAAAUACAAAAAGAUACAAUAUCUAUGAUAGGAAGGUUUUAGAAAAUAAAACACGGUUGUCUUGGAAUCUGCCCAUAUUCCGAUGGGAAUUUGAUCCAUUCGACCCUUUUGGCUAUUGUGAGAGAAAGAGAGAGAGUGAGAAGAAGAAGAUACACCUUUUUGCAGGAUGAGUAAAGUAUUAUGUACCACAUGCACCAUGGAGACAACAAGCUGGCUUCUUGUCAUUAUUUGUAUGGUCCUCGUGCACAGCACCAACUUCAGCAACUCUGCACCUACAGAAAGCAAUUCCCCAGGCAACGACCAUGUUACUGGCAUCUAUCCAACAGCAACAAUAUCACCGACGACUACGUCUACAACGACGACGACGAUGAAAAUGAAGACGACGAUGCCAAUGACGAUGCCGAUGACUUCAGCAGCAGCAGCAGUAGCAGCAUCAGCAUCAGUCUCAGCCAAAUCCUGGUCUUCACAAAAACCAUCUAGAAGUAAACACAUAACAAAAUCAAUUCUCUAUAAAAAACCUUCCAAGGAUAAGGGCGGCCGGGCCAAAGUACCAUUUCUUUCCCCGACAUUAGUCCCGACAGGUUAUGAUGUGGAAAAGGAUAUAAGCCAUCAUAAGGAAGUCGAAGCACCCAUGGCAACAACAUCAAAAAUAACAACAACAACAACGGCGACAGUUACCACCACCAUAGACACUGUUGUCGACAACGUCAAUGGCCCGAAAGAUUACACCAACAAAAAGCGUACUAAUACCUCCACCCUGCGGCACCUCGACUCCCCCUCUUUAUUGGGAGUCAGUGAUGGAGUCGUGGGAAGUUUACUCUCUACAAAUGCGAAUGGUGACGAGGAUUCUGGCAAGGAUAUUGACUUCAUAUCUGAUUCGAGAACAACAAAAGCUGAUGAGACUUAUGCAACGACAGAAGGAUAUCACGCCAAAGCACCAGGAGUAGCAGGAGCAGCAGUAGCAUUAUCCACCACAACAAUGCCAACCACCCGAGUGGAAAAUCCCGUAUCCAAUAUGGAAACCAUUCCAUUACAACAUGUCGAGGGGGCGAAAAAAUCGAUAGCUUCCUCCGUCGUUGCCGUCGCAUCAGUGACUUACACUCCAUCAGUGCAGAGUAAGUCAAUGCCUGUUAAUGCAUCGCUAUCCUUUUCAAGUCCUUUGACGACUAUGGUCUCACCAUCAUCAGCACCCCCAAAACUACCAGACGUUGGCCAUGAUGGUGUUAAAGUCACAAAAAAGAAACAGCUGUUUGAUAAACAUUUUAUAGCUGCAUCGAGUCCUUUGCUAUCGCCUUCACCCUCGCAUUCGCCUUCAGGUUUGAGUUCGAGUUCGUUGCAUACUUCGAUGCGAAAGGAUAAUCCAUGGCCACCGUCGCUAAUGUCAAUGAAUAAGCCAACGAAGAGUAAUUCCGCUAGUGGCAAAAAAUUAAUGGAAGUCCCCAAUGGAUACUUGGGACCGAUUAUGAUGAAGGAGAAAACAUUUUCAGUUUCGCAUCAUCAUGGCAAAAAGCCAAAGCCGUCUCUAGUCGAACAGAAGUUAAAAGAUAAGAAGCUUGUUGAAAUAAUUGCUCCCACGGCACUAAUGGAACCGAUAAGUAAAACGAAAAAUUCACAGCCCGAUUUUGUUGCCAUUGAUAUGACGACAACGGUUCUGAUGCCAACAACGACGACGACCAUAACUACAACAGCUGCAACAACAACAACAACAAAAGUGGCUGCUUUACAAACUACAGAGGAAGUGAAAGAUUCGACUGAAGUUAAAAUGGUUGGGAAGAGUAAGAAAAAAGAGAUUGAGUCAGAAACUGCUACAACUUAUUUUUUGGUAGCCGCCCAAGAGGGUAACAAUGAGGCGUCUUCGAAGGAAGUAGCCAGUGAAACUGUAAGACCGCCGGCUUAUCCAGAAAUGGAACCCUUAAAUUCAGGGGAAAUUGAAACUACACUAAGAGAAAUUUACGCAGAAGUUAUAAAUGCAAUGGAAGGAGGAUCUCGGACAAAGACUACCUCAACGGAAAUUCCUGUAACAGAGAAUAAAUCAAACCCUGCUACCACAAGCCUUCCUUUGAAUCCAACAAACUUUGGAAAUAUUGACAGAUCGGGUAAGCUUAGUUUCGAUAGUGAUCAUCAGGAUCUAUCAGAAAACAUCAAUCAAAGAAAUGGAGAUGGUGGUUCUUCAACUGAUUCUGCGUUGUUUUCAAUGGGAACACCACUCACUUUAAAUAUAUUUGAUAAGAAGUACUAUCAAAGCUCUGCGAAAGACACAACUUCAACAGCAUACAAUUUACCAACUGCAGAAUCAACAUCAGCAAUCGAAAAGUUUACUUCUUCUUCCACCGUUAUUACUGCACGAACAGAUCCCCCAAAGCUAGCAAAAGAUGAAAAAUCCACAGAGUCGAUAGAACAACCAAAGAAUUUACCAGAAAACGAUGAGUUUGUUACUCGAAAGACUAUCAAAGCUGAGAUUUCUUCAACUGAAGCAUUACAUAUUUAUCAGACCGCUCCAAAUAAGACUGCUGAACAGUCGUAUGAACUAAACAGUUCAACUGAAACACCAUCAAGGGUUCAAACUCAUGGUCCGAUAAAGUCUGAAGAGAUCAAUAUCAGUAGUACCACAGAGUCAACUACCAGUCCUGAAAUAAUGCCUGUCACUUCUUCCCCAUUUAGAGCACUGGAUAAAUCUUCUAAACCAGUUCUAAAUGAUGAACUAAUAGUAACAGCUCGGAGUUUAAUAACAGAUUCUUAUAUAGCAACCACUCAGAGCUCUUCUUCAACAACAAAACCCCUAAAACCUCCUCAUAGAGAAGAACCAACUAUAGGAACCCCUAUUGAAGAUAUCUCAUCAACAACAACUAAAAUUUCAACGGUAUAUUCAAUAGUUGAUACUGAUCACCCUGAUGAAAGAAAUCACUUCCCCACUACUUCUGGAAGUAUUAAGCAGACAACCUUUCCACAAGCUCAACAUCAGACUAUGACUCCUCAUACCGAACUGAAUUCUGAACUAAUAUCUUCUUCAACAACAAAAUUUUCAAGAAAUGAAGAUCACCCUGAAGAUAAAACUACUCCAAAGAACUUACCAAUAUUUACCACAAUAGACUACCAAACUUCAAAAACUACUGAUUUUUCUUCACUUCUAAAACAUGAUUCUUCUACCAUUUCACCAUCACCAAUCCCCACAGCAAUUCCAAAUCUUGAAGUGUCCUCAACUUCAAUUCCACAAGCCACACAAAAUAACGAACCUUCUGAAUCAAAAAUCUCCGAUAUCCAAAUUGAAGUGUACGACUCGACUCUAGAACCAAUAGUUUCCGCCACCAACUUCAAGCACAGCACCGAUGUGUCCAGUUCGUCUUCCCAUGGAACAACAAAACACUCACAUAAAGAUCAUCCUCAGGAGAGAUUCACUCAAUACGUGGUCGAUAGAUCUUCAGACUUUGCCACCCAAGAGUCCAGUGCGAUUGCAAGGACUCCUGGCAAGCCCGAACCAGCAGCCAUCGAGAUACACAUAAAUGUCUCUGAAGGUUUUGGCAACGAAAGUGAAGAUUUGGAGUUUCUCUAUCGCCAAUCGGACUUUCGAAAAUUCCCCUCAAAGAAGCCCCCAAAUUCUCUAAAACCCUUCGAUGUAGCCCCACAGAACGAGACAAGUAACGAGGCUGCUGAAGAAAUUGUUGUAGAAAUCAUUGAUGGCAACUCUAACAGCACCGAGAAUUCCGCCAGCCGGGAGAACCUCAAUGUAAAUCCUGUUUUUACAUUCCGGUCAGAUGAUGACUCUCAAGUGGAACUCAAAAACGUCAAGUACUAUCCCGAGGACAGACCACCCAAAGACAGCCCCAAGUCCACUGAUGACUUCUUUGUCCCCCAUGUCGGUCAACAGCCAUCUAGUGCCAAUAAGCCCCUCAUGGACAGGGACUCGGAUACGAUUUUCUACAUUUCCAAUACCGAAGUCAAAGUGGGUGAGUCCCUUCCCACGACCAAUACCUACGACACGCAGAUGAAGAAAUCACGCCUCGAGAGCCAGUUCUUUCCGGCAAACUACGAGGAGCACAAGAAGGCAGCUCCACAAAGGUACGAGGAGGACAUUAUUUUGUCACCGCCAAAGAAUGGCCCAUUAAAGGUAAUUCGAAGACCCUUGGACAUUAGUUAUGUUGGAGAGUCCAUUAUGGAAGUCGAGCAAGUUACAGUUACUACCACCGUGCCCCCAUCACCUGUGCCCGGUUCCACACCCGAUGUUAUCAUAGAGCCAGCCGUCCUCCCAGAGAUGGCUAUAGGGGUGCCAGUAAUUGGUGAGUUACCUCCACAAAUCGAGCUGAAGGAAAUCGAUUAUAUGCCAAAUUUCGAUGGCAACAAGGAGGAAUCUUCGAUUCAGUAUGGCGGAGAUCUCAUCGAUGAGGGUGGUGCCAUGGGAGUGGGAUUUGACAUGGAUUCCUAUCCACUUGGAAAUCUGGGAAUGGGGAACAAGAAUGAUGCUUCUGCUGCUGUUUCAUCUCAAAUGCUUUUCAAUCAUCGAGUGAAUCAUUUGAAGAAGGAUGUCCUCUCGGCGGAUCUGGGUGGCUCCUCGGAAACCGCCGAUGGAAACGAUUUGCUUCGACAGGCUAACGAUUCUAUAAACGGAACAGCACUUGGUGAGAAAAUGGGCAAUGCCACUGCUUACUCUGUCAUAGAAGACCGAACAGCUCUGAAUGAGAUUAUGCAUUUCUUCACCUUACGGACUCUGGUUUUCAUCGGGCUUUACACACUGAUACCUCUAGUUCUGGUGAUUCUCCUUAUUUAUAUUUGGCGGGACUAUAACCGGAAGUACAAAAGGAACCCGUUCAAUGCGAUGGGUCGCAAUAGCAGCACUGAUCCUUUGGAUGCCGAAAAAGGAAAUGGCGGUGAUGGAGAUGCCGAUGGGGUCGAGACUCCCGAAGAGUUGCGAGCAUCCUCACUUGCAUUUGGCGCCACAACAAAUACUCCAAGUCUUGAAAUUUGCACUGAUUCUAAUGAGGCUACAAACGGCAAUGCUUAUGCCAGCGAUGGUGAUGGUGAUGGUCGUAGCAAUUGUUGUAAUAAUAGCAAUUCAAAUAGUAGGGCAGCAUCCGAUACAAUGGACUUAGGUGAAAUUAAAGCUUAUAAUUCCGGCGAUGUCCAAGAAGAAAAUUCUACACUAACCAUACAUAAUUGUUGCAACUUUGAUUCUCCUCGUCCUCGACCACAACAAAUGGUAUCAUCAAAUAUUCCACCACAAUCUGCAACCACCACCACCAACGCUGCUGUUACUGCUGCUGGUGCUUCUUCUGCUUCUACUUCUGCAUCUGCCACAGCCACAGCUAAAGCCAGCUCUGGCUCGGGCUUGGGCUUGGGCUCCGCCUCCACAGCCAACGCCAACGCUAGCGCCAGCGCCACCAGUGGUUCGAAUUCUGGAACAAUGCAUUGUAAUUAUUCUGGGGCAAAUGGUUCAAUUACCACGAUGACCCUUAAAAAUAAUCACCUCAUUGUUGAGACUGAAGAGCGAAAUGACAUUUCUCGUGACACCCGAGUAACAAAAAUGCACUACAACAAUUCUGAAAAGGAUGGUGUUUUCGUUGUCGAAGUAUCGAGAGGAGCUGAUUCGAAAAUCAUGCCUGGCAGUCCGGUAUCUGAUGGCACCGAAAAACGUCCAUUCAAUAUUGAUGCUGAUGUUAAAAUUGUCCAAAGUGACACCGAAGCACUUCUGUCCAAUCAUGAAAAAGUCCAAGUUCAUCAACCGCCAUCACUCGAAAAUCUUAUCAAUCACGGUGGCAGUGAUGAAAUUGAUACAAAUCAUCUGCAUCAAAUCGACGAAGUUGAUGAAUUUGAAGAAUGUCCCAGAUUUACCAAGAACUCCAACACCGGUCUUUCACAAUCCGAUUUGAGUUCAUCGUCGUCAGUGGACUCGAAUAAACGAUACUCCUAUGGCAAUCAGGAGCUCUAUACCAUCGAAAAACAAGAUUAUACAACUCCGUCCCCGACAGCGACUAAGGCGCCACAUCCACAUGCCGAAUCGAAACAUCCCCAGCCCGAGAACCACAACGAUGAUAAUGGACAUCCCGAGAAUGGUCAUUGCCUUGAAAAGAGCCCUACGCCAGCUCCCAAAUGUGACUCGUCCAUAGCACCACCACCGCCACCAUCAACACAGCCGCCGCUGUCAAGUGACAAGGUACACGAUAUGAAUGGACAUCAUGAGAGCGCUGUCGAAUCGAAGCCAAAAAUCACAGCCGCUCUAUUGAAGCAGGACACAGUUGUUGUCAACGAAGUGACAAAUGGUUCAAGCCAUGACAACGGUAAUGAGAAGAACGACCAUCAGAACGAGGAAAACGUCGACAUAGAAACAGAGAUAGAGAAGGCCAACGAAGAUACUCCACAAAACCCCACCAUCAUGGAUAACAUGAAGAGCAUGAUGAGCCCCAGUGAACCGGCUGUUGCGGAUAUAAAGACCCAUCUUGCUGACUACACCAGCGCCAACACCGAGAACGGCUUCGACAGCAUAAUCAGCCUUCCCGAUCCACCAUCCACUGAGGAGAUAAAACAAAUGAACGACAUUAUCCUAAUGGAGACGAAUCAAUUAGAUUCCCUGCCACCUCCUCCACCACCGGCAACAGACAACUACCAACAUCACAAUGGCAACGGCAACAGCAACAGCAAUACCAACGGCAACGGCGUGGACCAAAAUGGCGAUGGAGAUGGCGACUCACACUCGAUAGUAUCGUCCACAGAGUCACCCAUUCAAACGCCUACAAAAGUGAUGAAGCCAUUGGUGCCACCGACGAUAACGGUGGCAGACACUUCGGCGCUUACAACAACUGCUGCUGACAUUCCCGUACACGCCAAUGGAAAUUGCAUGACAUCAGGACAUGCAACUACUGCUAUAGCUGUAGAGGUCUCUGGCAGUAGUUAAUACUAAAAACAAAAAUAAACAACCAACCACAAAAGAAAAAGUAUACUUUAUCCAUCCACCAUUUUAGCAAAACCCCAAAGAGUCUGCAAGAAGAAUUAAGCUGCCCCAAAAAAUGAAGAUAACUAAAGCGACACAGGAUAAUGACCAAAUGCCAACAGAAAGAAAACACUACUUCAGCAACUUUAGAUAAGGUGGACAUGCAAGUUACAGGGUGUAUUAGCUGUCAGAGGAGGAUAGGAGAGAUUUCGAAAUGAUGACAGAUAAGAAUUUCAAAAUGGCGUCUAAGCAGGCUGUCAACGUUGUUUUUCUUUUCAAACAUCUCGCUGGAAAGUUGCUGAAUCCAUUUAAAUUGUCGAUGUCCCUGAAACACCCUGUGCGAUUUGAGUUAUUUUAUUUCAACAUUACUAAAAGUCCUCUCCUUUCAUUUUCUUAUCGCUUCAUCAAAAAUAAAUUCCAAUAAAACCUUAAAUGCAACUUUUCCAUUGAAAUUGAAAUCACAGCAAAAUAAAAAUUCCAAAGUACACCAUCAGACCAUCAGGACACAUAUUCAUAUCGCAGAUUCAAGAUUUUUUAAAAGGAAGUCAUAAAAUCCAGAGGUACAUAGAUAUUACAUAUAUUAGUCUGUGUCUCCACCGCCGCCAUAUAAUGGUGGCGCUGGCUGGCAUUUGGAGACUUUUCAAGUCGACCGGAAACUGGAAACUGCAUAUGACAUUACAAGAAUGUGUAUAAAACUGGAUAAACAUAAUAUGAAAUAUAUCCUUUUCCUGUAUGAGUUUUGAGAGAAAUAUAAGAACAUGACGUCAGGAAAGCUGGACUCUGCGUUCUAUGAUAUGAAAAUACCGGAUGGGAGGACAUAUUAUAUCUACCCUAUACUCGUCCUUAAGUUUAUAUUUUAUUAUGAAUAAACAUAAAAACGCUAAACCACCCACCAAAAGGAAAAGGAUAAAACUCCUUUUAGCAACGAUGACGAUGAUGGCGACGUCCAAUUUUGGCAAGCCUUUUGAAUCCUUUCUCCUCAUAUAUGGGUAUGUAUGUACCUAGCCAAAGAACAAAGAUAUAUACAGAUUAUUCAGAUGUAAAAUGGGGUAAAAUAUAUACAGUCACUCAAAAGUUAAACAAGGACAAUAAUUGAAUUUGUGAGUAGAAGCUUAUAGGGUUUUUGGAAAGGCAAGUUGCGUAUAUGUAAGUUUGAAUGAAAGUUUAAAUUGCUCAAUAAAAUUUAACAUUUGAACAGGAAUUUCCUUAUUUUAAAUCCCAUAAUGGAGAUUUCAUAGUCUUGGUUUUAAAAGGAAUCACAAGAAAGGGUUAUUGCAUAUUGAUUUUAACGAGAGAGGAAUAAGGCGGGUUUAAGGUAUCUCGAAAAAACUAACUUCAAUAAUCAUAACUUAGCAACUAUUAAGGAUGUAAGAAGUGGUUUUCUCCAUUUUGCUCUCGUAUUAAUCUUAAAUUAUUGCACAGUCAUUUUGAGACUCAUAAGUGGAGUAUCAAAUAAAUAUAGAUUGUUUGAUUUUAAAAACCGGAAAGAUUCACUGUUUUUCAUUGCUAACAGUCAAAAAGUUUCUUCACUGGAUGUGUGUUUCAACCUUUUGGAUUUCCUUCAUCCUGUUUAUAAAGUUUUGUCAUUGUGAUUCUUCCAUU